AUGCCACAACAUGUCAAGGUGCCGCAACAUGACAAGGUGCCACAACAUGUCAAGGUGCCACAUGUCAAGAUGCCACAUGUCAAGGUGCCGCAACAUGUCAAGGUGCCACAAAAUGUUAAGGUGUCACAGCAUGUCAAGGUGCCACAGCAUGCGCCACAUGUCAAGGUGCCACAUCAUGUCAAGGUGCCACGGAAUGUCAAGGUGCCACAGCAUGUCAAGGUGCCACAACAUGUCAUGGUGCCACAGAAUGCCAAGGUGCCACAUGUAAAAGUGCCACAACAUGUUAAAGUGCCACAACAUGUCAAGGUGCCACUACAUGUCAAGGUGCCACAACAUGUCAAGGUGCCACAACAUGUCAAGGUGCCACAACAUGUCUAG